GGCCUCUGCACUACACCAACGUGAUCAUGCCGAGCAUCUUCGGAAUCAUCUGCUUUCUGGGUAUCAUUGGGAACUGCAUCAUCAUCUACAUCAUUUUCAAGAAGACCAAGUUCCGAGCGAAGCAAACGGUGCCAGACAUUUUCAUCUUAAACCUCUCCAUCGUGGACCUCCUGUUCCUCUUGGGCAUGCCCUUCCUGAUCCACCAGCUCCUGGGCAAUGGCUCCUGGUGCUUCGGCUCCAUCAUGUGCACCAUCAUCACAGCACUGGACACCAACAGCCAGAUUGUCAGCACCUACAUCCUCACCGCCAUGACCAUGGACCGCUACUUAGCCACGGUCCACCCCAUCAAAUCCACCUACAUUCGGACGCCUUGCAUUGCAACCAUGGUCAUCUGCCUGGUGUGGCUCCUGUCCUUGCUGACCAUCAUCCCUGUCUGGAUGUAUGCAGGUUUGAUGUCCCUCAAAGAUGGGUCUGUUGGAUGUGCCCUCCUCCUGCCCAAUCCUGCCAUCGACACCUACUGGUACACCCUCUACCAGUUCCUGCUGGCCUUCACCUUCCCGCUCAUAAUCAUCUGUGUGGUGUACUUCAAGAUCCUCCAGCACAUGUCCACCACGGUUGCCCCUCUCCCCCAAAGAAGCCUUCGGGUGCGCACCAAAAAGGUCACCCGCACGGCUGUUGCUAUCUGCCUGGCAUUCUUCAUCUGCUGGGCGCCCUACUACAUCUUGCAGCUGGUCCAUCUAGGUGUGCAGAGGCCCACCAUGGCCUUCAUCUAUGCCUACAACAUCGCCAUCAGCAUGGGCUAUGCCAACAGCUGCAUCAACCCCUUCCUGUACAUCGUGCUGAGCCAGACCUUCAAGAGACAGUUCAUGGUGGCCAUCCAGCCAGCCCAGGAGCAGUUUCGGGUUAAUAACAGCAUGACUGAUGGUAGCGUGAGUCUCAGGCUGGCCCCAGAGUCUACUCAGCAGUCUAAUUUUUCCAGAGAGUACUCACAAAACGCUCUCCCCAUGACUGUAGCGUCCCACUGAAGCGGACGGGCAAAUAGAGAAAGCACGACAGUGGACACGCAGCAAUCCCUUAGGGUUAGUUUUUGAGCCCGACAGUUUAUGCUGGUGAGGCAGUAUAGCCUCGAAGCCCCCAUUCUCCUCAAUACUCAUCUCAGUACAAAGCACCUUCACUUACAGACAGACCGUCAAUGUUGUAGAUUUCUUACAUUCACUGCACACAUAGUGGCCAUUAAUCAUGACUAAACUGAAGCGUGCGCUGCCACGUCAUUGGAGGUGAAUGGAUAGCAUUAGUUCAGCGAUGGCACAGGCUGAUCCAGCUUUACAGCCUUACUGUGAAGUGGAAUGUCAAAACCUCUGUAAGCUAAGGCAUGCGUUUAUCACUAGUCUAAGGGGGUCUUUAUCAUCCGUCAGUCAUCACAAACCAAAAACAAAACUGUGUCCCAGGUGACUAACUUUCGCUCCAUUGGAAGCCCAAGGGAGAUCCAGACCCUGCCCAGAUCUGAAAUACAUUCUCCUUUGAGAGGGCAAGUGAAUCCUAUUCCUUGGAGGUCAGACAAUCCAAGUGCUGUGAAAGAUUGCGAGCUCCAGGGAAGGAAUGAAUCAGUGUGUCUCCUGGGAAGAAUUCACUGAAACUGCCUGCAAAUGUGCCACUCUCUGUACAGCCCACUUUGUACAAGUAUAGCUCUGUAUUAGCCAUUUGGGAUCAAAUUCAGUGAGUUAUUGUGAGGUGCACCAUGUAAAGAGAAUAUGCAGCUUGGAAUAGCCCACAUUGAUUUUCAAGUACCAGUGAAUCUUUAUGGUGAUACAUAACAAAUACAUCAAGGCAGCUGCUGUAUACAUUUUUAAAUCAAUAUGUGCCUGUAGACCUUUAAUUAAAGCUUUCUGUUAUCAGAUUGGGCAAAUGGCAGUUUCAAAUCCAUAUAAUAAUUUUUUUAGCUAACAAAAAACAGAAUCAGGUGGAGCUGAUGCAGUUCAAAGGUCACAGAGCGACAU